AUGACUACUCAACAGUCGGAGGGCGCGCUUCUGGACGAAAAGCCGCUCCAGAUCGCGAUCGCUGCGCGCGAGGAAGCGCUCAACAGGCGUCUAGAGUUGAAUGGCACUCUCUCUCCCCCAGACGACGAAAACAUGCAAAAACCCGGUUCUCUCGGUAGCGCGCCGAAACUAAAUGGUGAAUUGCCGGCUGAUUCCAAGGCCGCGCCGCCCACCACAACCCACAACAAAGAUUCGCUUCCCGCGAACCAAUCUCCACCCAACAGCGAUUUGCCUGCUGACUCCAAGGCCGCCGCCGCCACCAUCAAUAAAGACUCGCUUUCCGCGAAUCAAACUUUACCUAACGACGAAGAGGAAGACGAUCAACCGAUUAAACCCACAGCCGACGCCGGGAACGACAUUUCCCGCGAUACUGACAAGGGCAAUAUGAAGGACGCUACCUCGCCGGUCGCCGACACACAUGCCGACACCGACAUGCCCGACGCGCCCGCCGAUCGAGGGCCCGACGAGAUCAAAUCGGAGAACCUCUCGCCCAAGUCGCAUCCCAACCCGGACUCGGAGGCCAAACCUGAGAGUCAAGACAACACUGAGGAGGAGCCGAAUGAGAAUGCGACUGGCACGGCUGCGGGUUCAAGCAAAGACGUGGCGAUGGCGGACGCCGGAGACACGCAUCAACAGGAGAUGAGCACACAAGACACGGUGGUAACGGACGCCACGCCUGUCAGUCCCAAAGCAGAAUCGGGCAAGCUGUCGCCCGAUGCUCAGGAUGGCCCCGUGGGUACCAGUGUGGGCACCCCGCCCCCUCCCACUCCGGCCGACACGAGCAUGUCGGAGGCCGCGCAGCCAUCUGCAAAGAUCUCCAGAGAACGAGACAUCGACAGCGAGGAUGACGAACCUGUAGCGAAGCGGACCAAGGUUGGCCCCCCGGCGGACGAAGUGCAAGUACGGACUGGUACCCCGGCGGAUCCCAUGGACGUCGAUCAAGGCCAGGCGAAGGCCGAUAAAGCAAAGCUCAGGACUCUAGCCGAUGACUCGCUCAACGACCAACCCAUCACAGAAUGGCAGAACAAGCAAAUUCGCCAGGUCUUGGCGGGCGUCAAGAAGACCAAGGUCGGCGUCAUGUUCCGUCUGCCAGUUCAGCAGCUCUGGCCGCAAUUGUGGGCCGACUAUUCGGCCAAGGUGUCACACCCGACAGACAUCAGCACAAUGGAGAAGCGGCUGCGCGGCGAUGCGCCUCGCUACGCCACCAUGGGUGAGUUCAAGCAAGAUCUUGAGCUGAUGGUUCAGAACGCCCUGACCUUCAACGGCGAGGGCCACGAGGUGACGAUUCAGGCUAAAAACUGCCGCGAUUCGAUCCUCUAUCGCAUGUCCCAGCAACCGGCCGCUGAACCUCCCAAGCCUGAGAAGAACCAGCCGGCCAAGGCGCACACGACUCGGCACGUCGAGCCCCGUGCGACCGCGCCGCCCGUGCCCACAGCGUCCAGCGCUCGCCCAUCCAAGGGCGCGGCGGGCAGCCCGCCACACAAGCCGCCUGUUCCUGAAUCGCCUGCGUUUGCUCUGCCUCCUGGUAGCAAUGGUGUGCCUCUCAUCCGUCGUGACUCCACCAAAGCCGACAGCAGGGCCAAGCGGCCCGUCAAGCCCGCGCAUCCCAAAGACCUGGUAUACGACACCAAGCGCAAGAAGAAGCUGCCACUCGAGCUUCGCUUUUGCGAUGAAGUGCUGACCGAGCUUCGCAAGUCAAAGCACUAUGACAUCAAUGCUGCCUUCAUGCAGCCCGUGGACCCUGUUGCCCUUAACAUCCCCACGUACCACAAGGUCAUCAAGAGACCCAUGGAUCUGCAGACCAUGACAAACAAGCUGAGCGCGGGAGAGUACACGUCAGCGAAGGAGUUUGAAAAGGAUUUUGACCUCAUCAUCAAGAACUGCAGGACUUUCAACGGCGAGGACCACAUUGUCUAUAACCAGGCGCUCCGGCUGCAGGAUCUAUACCGCGCUGAGAUGUCCAAGAGGGACGAGUGGAUGGCCAAGCACGCGCCCACCUCCACUGCUGCUUCCCCCCAUGCGGCGGGCGGCCACCUGCGGGAUGACUCUGACUCUGACGACGCCGACUCCGAAGCUGACCCCGAGCAGGAGGAGGAGCGCAAGCGAACUGAGAAUCGUAUGGCGACUCUCCAGAAGCGCAUGGACCAGGAGCAGAAGAAGCUCAAUGACAUGGUCACCUCUGGCACUGCGGAUAUGGCCGACGUCGAGAUAGCGCAGUCGGUCGUGGCCAUGCUGCAGAAGCAGUUCAUGACGGAGCGGGCCAAGCUGGCUACUCUGUCGGCGAAGAAGCCGGGCAAGCCUAAGCCGGCCAAGUCCAAGAAGGCUGGUGGUGCAUCCGCCAUCCCCGCCAAGAAGGCCACCGCUGGUGUGGGCGGCGCGGCUGCCAAGAAGGCCGGUCCCAAGAGGCCGGCCAAGAAGAAGAUUGGCCCGAUGGAGAAGGAGAUCAUCAUAGAUUCCCUGGGGAACCUGGAUGGGCCGUAUCUCGAGCAGGCUAUUGACCUGAUCAAGAAAGAUACAGGCCAGGAUGAGAACGACGCCGGGGAGUUGGAGCUGGACAUAGAACUGCUUUCCGAGGACGUGCUCGUCAAACUGUACGACAUCGCCCUCAAAGCCAACCCCAACGCUCGGGCCGAGAAGGAGAGGCAGCGCGGGGUGCAGGCCCCGCCGUCUUCGGACCCCCCGGCCGCCGCCGCCCGGCCCAGACAGUCGUCCAAGUCCAAGAAGAACAAGCCCAUGAGCAAGAGCGAGCAGGAGCGUCGCAUCCAGCAGCUCAACGAGCUCCGCGCCCAGGCGGGGCGUCAAGCCUCUGGCAGCCAGGAGCCCAUGGAGUCGAUCGAGGGCAACAGCAACGAGCCCACAACCGCCCAGGCCGAGCACGAGAGCGAGGACGAGGUCGACUCGGAGGAGGACUAA